AUCUUUCCGCGCUUCUUUGCAGAGCAGUUGCUCUCGUGCUUUUGGAGCAUAAGGUCUAAUAUCUACAGUAGAGGGGACCCGGAGCGACCAUGUCGGCCAAGGAUCAAGUGAGCAAACUCCUGGAUCAGCUCAUGGGCCAGAAUCGGGACGACCACAGCUAUAGUGCCUUCCUAAGCGCACAUUAAGCCCAAUCAAAAGUUUCCCCACUCACUGGGGGUCAGUGUACUGUGUUUACGUGCCGAUGGCGGUGACGAUAAACACUUUACCGACAGAGCUGUCUGUAGGCCGUUUCUCCUGGAUAUCUGUAUCAGCGACCUCUUCACUAACACGAGAGCGGAGCUGCCAGACUGUACCAAGAUACACUCCAUCACCAUGAAGGAGGAGUUCGAGAAUGCGUCCAAGGCCAGAGACUAUCGAUUCGAGGAGGAGGUGCUGGAGUACCUGAAGGCCUUCCUGGCCGACAACGACCGUAAGAUUGAGGCCAACAGGAAGAGGCUGGACGUGACGGAGGACAAUCCGGAGAUGGAGGCCAAGAGCCAGGAGAUCCACGAACUGGCGGUCCAGAUCGGGGAGAAGGUCUCCAAGGCUGAGGCCAUGGGAGCUGAAGGUAAUGUUGAUGGGAGUCUCCAGCUGCUGAAGGAGGUGGAGGAGAUAAAGCUGAAGAAGAAGCAGGCAGAGGACGAGUACCAUGCACUCAUCCCUCGCCACGCCGUCCAGCAGCAGAAACUCAAAGCCUGCGAGGUGUGUGGUGCUUUUCUGAGUAUGUAUGACAAUGACCGUCGACUGGCCGACCAUUUUGGCGGGAAACUCCACAUCGGAUUUGUCACCAUCAGGGAAAAGAUCGCACUACUUGAGAAGAGAGCCAAGGAGAGGGAGGAGUACAUGAAGGAGAGAGAGCUUGAGCGGGGGAAGGAGAAGGAGAGAGAGGAGAAAGAAAAGGAGAAGGAGAAGGAGAAGGAACGGGACAAGAGCAGGAGAAGGUUUGUAGACAUCACCCACCCACAGCUCCUAAUGUUGUGGGACACAAAUAUAGAACACACUAGGCCAUGCCUUUGUACAUAUUUGGAGGUUGAACACUUGAUUGUUGUUUGCGAAACUACACAAGGUUGA